AUGGCAGAGUCAGAUUUCUACAGGGGGACUAAAGCCUCAAGGUCCUCCGAGGCCCAGGUCCGCAAAGGCCACCUGACAGGGCUGAAGCCCUUGGUGCUGGUGACCUUCCAGUCCCCAGUCAACUUCCAUCGCUGGAAGAUAGAGCAGCUACAGAUCCAGAUGGAGGGAGCCCCCUUCCGCAGCAAAGAGCGGUGCAACGCAGAGGAAGUGUGUGCCAUGAGCUGGUACACGCCCAUGCCCAUCAAGAACGGCAGUGUGGUCAUGUACGUGGAUGUCAGCAGCAAUGGCCUGGGGCCCUUCAUUCAAAAUAAAAGGUUUCACGUGAACAUCAACGGCUUCUUGCAGAAACAGCAAGAUAACACGCUCCAAUUCACUGUGGGAAACGAGAUCUUCAAUCUGAUACCCCGGUACUUCAUCAAUGUCCCGUCGAGGCCCCUGUGGCACACCGUGGACCAGACACCCGUGCUCAUCCUGGGUGGCAUUCCCGAUGAGAAGUCCGUCCUGCUGACUGACACCAGCUUCACGGACUUCUUUCUCGUGGAGUUGAACAUUGACAGUUGCUGGGUGGGCUCCUUCUACUGCCCUCAGGCCAGUUUCACUGCCACCAUCUGUGACGCCAUCGCCACCGAGAGCACUCUCUUCAUUCGGCAGAACCAGCUCGUCUACUACUUUACGGGCACCUAUGUCACCCUCCACGAGAGCAACCAAGGCAGUGGGAGCUGGGUUCGUGUGUUGGCCAACGAGUGCAUCAAGAAGCUGUGCCCUGUAUAUGCCCAUAGCAAUGGCUCAGAGUACGUCAUGGCCCUCACCACUGGCAAGCGGGAAGGCUACGUCCACUUUGGGACCAUCACAGAUGGCCGCGUGUCCUUCGAGUUGCUGCCCCGGCAGCGGUCUGUGUGCGAAGGGUUACAAGUUAUGAACUGCUCCAUAAUUUGGGCCGUGUUCAUUGCUGGAGACUACAAUCUACUGCUGCUGGUGCAGAUGGAAGACCCCACCACCAGGAAGUAUUUCCAGGUGGUCAGCUACGAUCUGGGUUUUGAAAGCUCAGAGCCUCAGGAGGUUUUGCCGUGUUCUCCCCCGGUUGUAGUCGGUAAUCACCUGGCCAUCCUCUACACCAUCCCGGAAUUCAUCCCUGACGCUAGGGGCCUGGAGUUUCUGAUGCUCCUAGGGACAGAGUCUCAUACCACCUUCCUGAUGGUACCCAAGGGCAUGUUCUACAACCAGUAUAGCAACCUGCUGUAUAUCUGGGGCAACUUCCUCCUGCAGAGCUAUAACUAUGAAAACUUCAUCUACCUGGCGGACUUCCCUAAGGAGCAGUCCAUUAAGUACCUGGUCAACUCGUUCCGUGGGGACAUGGCUAUUGUCACAGAGACUGAGGAGAUCUGGUACCUCCUGGAAGGCAGCUACCGGAUGUACAAGCUGUUCCCAUCCAGGGGCUGGGAGGUGCACAUCAACCUACAGGUGAUGCACCAGUCCUCCGUCUACACUCCCAAUGAGACCAUGGUCACCCUCUUCUAUGAAGACACCAAGCUGUACCAGGAUUACUACUUCUAUCUGGCGAGCAACUCGCAGAGCCCGGGGAACGUGUACAUUGACAUGGCCAGCUACGAGAAGAUCUACGACCUCAAGGCCGACUACGAGCUGCCCGAGCGCAUCUUCCUGGACAAGGGCACCAGCUACGUCUUCUCCGUCUUCCUGAGGGUCGGGGGGCAGUCGCUGGAGUUCACACCCGAGCGCGUGCUCACCUCCGAAGAGCUGAAGAGCACAGUGGAUCUGGGCGUGGUGCUGGCCGACCCGGGCUGCAUUGAGGCGGUGGUGAGACAGAAGUUCCUCAUUAACCGCAACUCGGUGCUUUUCCGGGUUACGCUCAGUGAUAAAAGGUCUUGCUUUGACCAGGGCCUUAGUGGACAUCACCUCUUGGAGACCUCCAUGUUGCUCAAGGUGGCGGGAGCGGUCGGACAUUGCUUCCAGAACACACACCAGGGACCCCGCAUGCAAGGCAACUUGAUGGUCCCAGUGCUUAUCGGCUGCCCUCCGGGCAAGCGCCUGGCCUUCGACAUCACCUACACCCUGCAGUACAAUCGUCUGCAGAACAAACACUACUUUGACUGCGUGAGGGUGGACCCCGAGAUGCCCUGCUUCCUCUUCCGUGAUGUCUUCUACCCUUUCUUCUUGAUCCAAGACUUGGUGACGGGAGAUUCGGGCAGUUUUCAGGGCAGGACUCACAGCCUCAUCUGGACCACCAAGAACACAACGACCACCAAGGACUCGGCCUUUAACAUCAUGUCCCAUCAGAGCUUGGGCAUCGAGUGGCUGUGUCUGGAGAACUCCCCAUGCUAUGACACCAUUCCCCACACCAUCUUCGCCCCUGAGUUCUUCUUCAAGGUGCUGGUGAGCAACAGAGGUGUGGACAAGAGCACAUACUGUGACUACCAGCUCAUCUUCCUGCUGCACAUCCACGGUCUGCCACUCAGUGCCAAGCGGGCCUUCUUCAUCCUCAUGGUGUCAUCCAGCGUGUUCAUCGGUCUGGUGACCCUCUACAUCAUCUUCUGCCUCCUGUUGCCUGUUAUGGUGAAGGCCUGGAACAGCCUCCGCUGGAAGAUCAACAACAUCAUCAUGUCAGAGUCCUACUACACCUACACUUCCCCUUCUAGAAAUUGCAGUGGGACAUCUGAGACCAGAUCCACGGUCAGCUCCAGAGUCGGCUCCAGUGACAGUUCCAAAGUGGCAGAGGCGAACCAGCGUGCACCUGAGCAAACCUGGAAGAAGAAGCCGUUGGUCACCUGA